GGUGUGGGGAGAAUUUGGCCGUCCGGAGGAGAGGGGUGCUGGGAGGGCGAGCCGCUCGCGGGAGGAGUAUAGCCAGCGUAGGUCAGAGGGCAGAAAUCGCCCAGUGACCCUACGCUGAGCGCUGGAAAGGUGUCGCCCGCGGGAACCGUCGUGUCUGACCCGAGGCAACGCUUAGACAGCCUUAUCCUCCGGUCUCUAGACCCACUAGGAUCUUUACUUUGGCCGUGGACCAUGUCCACAGGGUCGGGGGGUUACUCGGUGGGGCUUCGGGGCGCCCCUCACCCGUCCAAAGGCGGGACUUCCGGUCCUGGCCCCCACCUGGGCGGGCUUUCCUGUUUUCUUCCUAGAGAAGUGGGUCUUUCCCUGGACCCCCUGGCGAAAUGGGGAUUCUGAGCGGUAGAGAAAGACCCCGGACAUUCACCUGCCCCCGGCCACUGGGUGCAUCCUCGAGUUCCUCCCACCUUGGGGCGGGGGAGGGGUUUACUUCCAGUUUGACAGGUGGUGGGAGGGGACUUCGCUAGCAUCCCUCAUUCCUUGGGGGGCUUUUCCUCUUUCCUCAUCUCUUCCUGGAGUCACUUUCCUCACUUCAUCUCCUCACCUCAUCCUAAAAGGUCAAUCACCUUAUCUGUCCCUUCCUCCUCCUGUGGAGGACAGGUCUUACCUCCCUCUCUCCCUAAUCUUAAACACCUCCAUUUGGGGGGAGGGAGGAUCUUCCAUCUCUAAGCUCCUUGGAAGAUACAGAACUUCCUCCGGAAGCUGAAGGAGUGGGAGACUCUCCUGUGGGGUACUUGGCUUGGCUACUCUCCUGUUGGUCCUGGCAACUCUCCUGUUGGGUAACCGACGCCAGAGAGCUCCCAAGCCUUGGCAGAGAGAGCUGCGUGAGUCACCCUUCUCCUCUUUGAGGUGUGUGGGACCCUCAUGACCCACUCACUCCCACUUCACUCUUUUCAGCUAUUCUAAGCUAUAGGAGUUUGAUCUACUCUUAGAGAUGUUGUCUAAGAAAGGAGUUGAAUCUUGGUGUCCCAAGGGAGUGAGAGCCCCCUGGCCUAGCACUACAAGGCUUUGUGACAUUGGACCAGUCAUUUCCCUGCCCUGAGCCUCAGUUUCCUCCAUCAGAUGGGGCUGACCCAAGGAGUGGCUGUGAGACCCUGUGCAGCUCCCAGUUCUGUUGGCUUUUGGAGUCAGGCAGACAGCAGUCUCACCCACUUCUGCCCUUUCUAGCUGUGUGCCUUCUGGUCAGUGCCUUAAGCUCUCUGAGCCUCACUUUUCCCAUCUGGACUAGGAGAUCAUAAAUCUUUCCCCAUAAGGUAGGCAGGAUGGCAUUUGGGAUUAAGAGCAGGUUGCCAGAUCCAGGUCCCAGCUGUCCAUCUCUCUAGCUAAAUGACCCCGGGCAAGAUACUGAAUCUCCCCAGGCCUCCAUUUGCAACUGUAAAGUGGGGUGAUCAUAGCUCCUCCCUCACAGGGGUGAUGGGAGGGUGGAAUGAGAUUGUUGAUGACACCCUCAGGUCCCUGCCUAGCCUGUGGGAGGUGUGGUAUAAACCUGCUUCAGGGUCUGUCAGGACUGGUACUGGUUGUGCCUCACUGCAAGGGCUUUGUACUUGGUGAGCUUCAACUGUCUCAUAUGUAAGGUAACAGCUCCCACCUUUGUGGGUCAGGUAGGAGGGGAGAUGACAGGUGCAGAGCCCCUGCACAGAGUAGGUGCUUAGGAAACACUGGCUUCUAUGAUCUUGAGUCACAAAGGGCCUGCGAAUCGAAAUCAAACUUCUGUGACCCUAGAGGGCUAGAUCACAGCCCUGCUUGAAUCCCUGCAGUGACGGGGAGCUUGCUGCCUCUCUGCGGAGGCUCCUCAGCGGCCCAGCAGGCCCAGCUCAACCACUGGUUUACAGGGAGAAGACAGGCACACAGAAGGCCAUUCACUGGUGCAAGGUCACACAGCAGUCAGGGCAGGAAGCCAGGCCCCUUGUCCCUUGUUCCUUUCACCUUGUAAGGAGAUGCAUCCAAGCAGAUUGUCUGCUUAGGGCUGACCUGUCCUGGGGCCGCAGAUCACUGACCUCGGGUUGCUCAUAUUCUGAUGGAGGAGGCAGCCAGAGGUACAGCUGUCACAAGCUCGUGUGACAUGAGCUAUAGUGGAGGUAGCCCAGGGCAUUGUGGGUCUAGGGAAGGCAUCUGAUCCCUACUGCGGGUCAGGGAAGACUUCCAGAGGACCUGCCGGAACAGUCUUGUAGGAAGUGCGAGAGCUUUGUGGGCAGAGGACAGCUGGCACCGCAUUUUCUGCUCGACCCCCGCUCUCUGAGACCUACCAUGUGCUGGGCAAGGCUGGUGUCUCAGAUGAAUCUGACGCCCACACUGGCUGGGGAAAUGGAUGUGGAUCCAGGCAGUGCUCCCCAAAGGGAUAUGUGCUAGAACGGGGGUCACUCAGACAUUGUGGGAGCUCACAGGUGGGGAGGGGCCAACCUGAGCUCCGGGUGAGUGCAGGAGUGACAAGUACAUGGAGGACAAGUGGUCCAGGUAGAGGGGGUCCGCCUUGACUGAAGGAGCGUGUAAGGAUAUGAGGCCGGGGGCAGGCCCUCCAGCGCCGGGCUAAGGGGCUGUGACCUUGUCCUGGGGAUGCGGGGGAGGAGCAGAGGCAGCUGCAGGGGUAGAAGGACCCCCUGGGGGGCUGUGUGCCAACUGGACUGGAGGCUGGGGCAAUGGUCCAGGGCGGCACCGUCCAUCAGAAAUACGAUCUGAGCCACCUGUAUAAUUUCAAAUCUUGUAUGAGCCACAUUAAAAAAGUGGAAAGAAAACAGAUGAAAUUCACUUUCACCCUAUAUUUUAUUUAGUCAGCAUAAAUAAAUGUGAUCAUUUCAACAUUUAAUCAACUUCAGAUUGCUCAUGAGAUAUCUUACAUCCUACCUUUUUGUGCUAAGUCUUGCAAACCCCGUGUGGAUUUCACACUCGUGGCACCUCUCACUUUGGAUCAGUUACAGCUCACGUGCUCUCUAGUCACGUGUAGCUGAUGGCUUCCAUGUUGGACAGGGCAGGGCCAAGAGGAGAGAGCUGGGCUGCGGGGAUGAGGGAUGGGGCUGGGGGGAAGAUGCGGAGCUCAGCUGGGAUCCGGUGGAGAGGAGAGGUGGGGGUGGAGUCCAGGGACUGGUGGACACACGGGGCUGGGUGUGGACGGCGAAGUCAGCGAAGCCUCAGCCCACUGUGUCGUGCUCUGCCCCACAGGGCGCGGAUGGCGUCGGGGCGCCCCGAGGAGCUGUGGGAGGCCGUGGUGGGGGCUGCCGAGCGCUUCCGGGCCCGGACGGGCACGGAGCUGGUGCUGCUGACGGCUGCGCCCCCCCCGCCCCCCCGUCCGGGCCCCUGCGCCUAUGCAGCCCACGGUCGAGGGGCCCUGGCCGAGGCUGCCCGCCGCUGCCUCCACGACAUCGCCCUGGCCCACCGGGCAGCCGCCACCGCCCGGCCCCCCAUGCCCCCACCAGCACCGCAGCCGCCCAGCCCUGCACGGAGCCCACCUCGGCCUACCCUGAACAGGGAGGAAGAUGAGGAGGAUGAGGACGAGCCAACGGAGACAGAGACCUCUGGGGAGCGGCUGGGUGUCAGCGAUAAUGGAGGACUCUUUGUGAUGGAUGAGGAUACCACGCUCCAGGACCUGCCCCCCUUCUGCGAGUCAGACCCUGAGAGCACGGACGAUGGCAGCCUGAGCGAGGAGACCCCCGCUGGGCCCCCAGCCUACUCAGUGCCCCCAGCCUCAGCCCUGCCCACACAGCAGUACGCCAAGUCCCUGCCCGUGUCCGUGCCCGUCUGGGCCUUCAAGGAGAAGAGGACAGAAGCUCGGUCAUCUGAUGAGGAGAACGGGCCGCCCUCCUCGCCGGACCUGGACCGUAUCGCGGCGAGCAUGCGCGCGCUGGUGUUGCGGGAGGCCGAGGACACUCAGGUCUUCGGGGACCUGCCGCGGCCACGGCUCAACACCAGCGACUUCCAGAAGCUGAAGCGGAAAUACUGAGGUCCAGGGAGCUUCCCGGCCCGGCGUCCGCCCCACCCCCACACUACAUCCCUGCCCCGCCCCCGGGGCCUGCCAAUCCGAGUCAGAUCCGGGACCGGCCUCCCGGGCCACCAGGAUUGACCAGCCCCUGCCAACCCCCGCCGCCCUUCCAGCCCACGACCGCUCCCGCGCGGAUGAGCGAUGCCUGUGCAGUUUCCCGAUUGGGUCUGUUUUCUCUCUGCCCAGCGACAGAUUCUUUCUAUUAAGGGAUUGUCUCGCUCCCCGAUCGGGACGUGGCUAGUUGGCCAACUUCGUCGUUUUCCGCCUAGCAACAAGGGCUUUGCUCGCACGGCAUUGGCUCCAUUCCUGAAAGAGCACAGUCAAGCUCCAGGAUUGGGUAGUGGCCCUCGACUUCAGCACGGUGAAUGGGCAGCUCCUUCACUUGAUUGGCUUGAACACUGUAAAGGGCUUGACCAAUCUCCCGAGAGAGCCAUCACCCUUCCUGAGUUCCCCCGCCUGAUUGGUUCCACUUCUGGGGGCGUGGCCAACCCUCUUCUUGUGCCCAGGAUUGGCCUGUGGCCUUAAAUUUACGUUCUUUACACUACUGGGGCUGGGGUCGUCUUUUGCCGAAGUCCUGACAAUUGUCCCUCUGGCCCCCUCAGGGAUGGCCCGAUCCUGUUCCUGCGUCUGACACCCUCUCAUUGGUUCCAUCCCACAACAGCCUGCCAAUCAAACCCGUCCUUGCAUCCAGGACGUUACCAGCUCCCGCCCCUCUCCCCCCACCCCCACAGGUGCCUUAAAGGGCCCUCGUCCACCCAAGGUGGGGGGCAGGGGGCCUCACUCUCCGGCCCUGGUGUGGGGGAGAGAGUGGGGGGUCGGGAUCGGGAGUUGGGAGGGGCGCUCUGAGAUUAAAGAGUUUUACCUCUGACAAAUG